AUGGAUUUCAACAGCCCCACCCCGCUGGACUUCAUCCGCGGCAAAACAAUUCUGCUUACUGGUGGCGCGUCCGGAUUUGGCGCCACAUUUUUCUCCCGCUGGGCUGCUGAAGGUGCAACAGUGAUAAUAGGUGACAUCAAUACGGUAGCGGGAGCCGAACUCGUCGCACGUGUUCGGGAAGAAACUCAGAACCCAAACCUACAUUUCCUACCCCUGGACGUAACCUCCUGGCAGUCUCAAGUCGACUUCUUCCGCGAAGCUGUGAAGCUCAGCCCGCAUGGCGGGAUCGAUACUGUUGUGGCCAAUGCGGGCAUAAACAAUGCGAAGGAGUCCAAAUAUUUCGAAGAGCCCCCAAUAGACUACCAAAAUGACUCCAACCCACCCGCACCGCGAUUCUCCACCAUUGAUACUUCUUACUGCGUCUCUAAACAUGGUGUUAUGGGUCUUUUCCGUUCUCUGCGCGUCACAACCCCGCUUCGAGAUGGGGUUCGGGUGAAUAUUCUCUGCCCGUACUUUACUGAGACUCCAAUCCUCGGCAUCAGCGGCAAGGUCAUUUUAUCCGGCGCCGCACUGACAGAUAUUAAUCACGUCUGUGAUGCGGCGACGCGCUUUGUGGCGGAUCCUGGGUGCGUGGGUCGCAGUGUGGUGAUUGCGCCGAAGCUCAGGGUUCGGUCUCCCCUGUCUGGACUUGCUCCUGACGGCGAAUCGGAAGGAGGAGAGGAACGGAUCCCAGGGAUGGGUGGGUUGAAGGGUAUUCCUGAUAUGCAGGACGUGUACGACCUUGCAACGAAUCCUACAAAUAGUGGGCUGAGGGCCGAAUCGAAAGCUGGUGGAGAUGGGAGGGAGGUGAGGGAUAUCGCGAUUUGGGAAUUUUACACGCAUGAUUUGGAUGACUCGGAACUAUUCACCCGGAGGAUUGUUGGGAUUUUACUGAUCACGGCUAGGAAAGACAAUGUUUGUUUACCUCUUGUUGGCGAUCAACUUUUCUAA